AUGGGUUGUGGAAUGAGUACGGAGGAGAAGGAGGGCAAGGCCCGCAACGAGGAGAUCGAGAACCAGCUGAAGCGGGACAAGAUGAUGCAGCGCAACGAGAUCAAGAUGCUCCUUCUUGGUGCCGGUGAAUCCGGCAAGUCCACCAUCCUCAAGCAGAUGAAGCUCAUCCACGAGGGCGGCUACUCGCGCGACGAGCGGGAAUCGUUCAAAGAAAUUAUCUUCAGCAACACGGUGCAGUCGAUGCGCGUCAUCCUCGAGGCCAUGGAGUCGCUCGAACUGCCGCUCGAGGACCAGCGCAUGGAGUACCACGUGCAGACCAUCUUCAUGCAGCCCGCCCAGAUCGAAGGCGACGUCCUCCCUCCCGAAGUCGGCGGCGCCAUCGAGGCCUUGUGGAAGGACCGUGGCGUCCAAGAGUGCUUCAAGCGAUCCCGCGAGUACCAGCUCAACGACUCUGCACGAUACUACUUUGACAACAUCAGCCGCAUUGCCGCCCCCGACUACAUGCCCAACGACCAGGACGUUCUGCGCUCGCGUGUCAAGACGACGGGCAUCACGGAGACGACAUUCAUCAUCGGCGAUCUCACGUACCGAAUGUUCGACGUCGGUGGACAGCGGUCGGAGCGUAAGAAGUGGAUUCACUGCUUCGAAAACGUCACCACCAUCCUUUUUCUCGUCGCCAUCUCCGAGUACGACCAGUUGCUGUUCGAGGAUGAGACGGUCAAUCGUAUGCAAGAGGCGCUGACGCUGUUUGAUUCCAUCUGUAACUCGAGGUGGUUCAUCAAGACGUCCAUCAUCCUGUUCCUUAACAAGAUCGACCGGUUCAAGGAGAAGCUGCCCGUCAGCCCGAUGAAGAACUACUUUCCCGACUACGAAGGCGGUGACGACUAUGCCGCCGCCUGCGACUAUAUCCUCAACCGAUUCGUCAGCCUCAACCAGCAUGAGACGAAGCAAAUCUACACUCACUUCACGUGCGCCACCGAUACCACCCAGAUACGCUUCGUGAUGGCGGCAGUGAAUGACAUCAUCAUCCAAGAAAACCUCAGAUUGUGCGGUCUGAUUUGA